AUGGGGCGCGGAGCGGCGGUCUCCGAGGACCCCCUCCCGGGUCACAGCGGGCGAAUCUCCACCAUGUACGAGACGAUAGAGCCCCAGGUCAUGACCCAGCGGUACGAGCGCGCGCAUGUGUGGGGGAUCGACUGCGUGGAGCGGCUCACGUGGCGCGGUUGGGAACCCGGCGGCAGCUACGUGCGCACGGUGACCCUCAAGAACGUCGGCAAGAAGGCGCUCAAGGUGAAGUACCGCCUGCCCACGACCAAGUACUUCGAGAUGGAAUUCCCGGAGACGAUGAAGAUCCAACCGGGCCUAUCCGCCACUGUGGACGUCACCUUCAGGCCCAUACGCUUCGAGCAGUACGACGACUUCAUCGAGUUUAAGGUUGCGGGAUGCGGCUCGUUUCAGGUGAAGGUCUCCGCCGUUCUGCCCUUCAUCUCGCUGAAGAUGCCGCCAACCGUGGAUUUCGGCUACGGCGCGGUGAACGAGCUCAUGACCAAGGACUUCAGCUUCGUCAACGACGGCGACGUCGCCGUGGCGUACAAGUGGGCCGUGGACUCCCCCUUCGUCUUCUCCCCGCUCCAGGGCGAGCUGCAGCCCGGGCAGUCAGCGCACGUCCACGCCGAGUUUACCCCCGUCGACGCAACCGUCAACGUCGUCAACGCGGUUUGCGUGUUGAGCGACGUAUCGGGCCACUCCCUGCCCGAGCAGUCGUACGCGUGUUCCGUGACCGCGGUGGGUAAGUACCCGUACGUGAGGUUCAGCGAACCCGAGGUGGAUUUCGGCGAGGUGCUCGUGGGAAGGAGCGUGGAGCAGACGGUGAAGCUGAUGAAUCAGUCGCUGGUCGGCACCAGCUACGAGGUGGCUCGCGGCGCGGACGACCACGACCACGUGUUCAGGUGCACCGGCAAGGGCGGGUACCUGAAGCAAAAGUCGCACGAGGAGUUCAAGCUCGCGUUCACGCCGUCGAUGCCCGGGACUUUCAGCUCGGAAUCGUUCAAGGUGUACACGCCGGGUGGAAACGUGGCGAGCGUCAAGCUCACCGGCACCGCGGUGGGUCCGCGGGUGUCGCUUUCGCAGACGACGUUCCAGUUUGGGAGCGUGAUAUCGGGCAAGUCCGCGCGGCGGGUGCUCGACAUCGAGAACCACAGCGACCUCCCGGUGCACUGGCAGAUCGACAGCGAGUGCCUCGGAACCUUUCAGCUCAGCAAGGAUCGCGGGAUACUGGAGCCAAAGUUUCAGGGCAUCCCGGGGAAGGCGCAGGUUGUCGUCACGUUCGCGCCGAUCGAACCCGCCAACUAUCACAAACGCAUCAUCGUCGCGUUGAGGGACCACAGGCCGCUCGCGUUCGACGUCGUGGGAACGGGUUACGACGAUAAGCGCAGGCCGGCGCCGAUGCGCGUGUCGCACGUUGAAGAGUACAGAGCCUUGUGCGCGACCGGUCUGGUCACGCCGGGCCAGCCCCCGAGCCGGAGCGAGCGCUCGUUGUUCCCCAACGAGAUCGACGCGGUCAAGGCUUCCGCGAUGACCGCGCAGGAGACCUUCAUGGCUAUGUUCGAGCCUGAUCCGCUGGUUGCGGUGUCCCUGGACAAAUCGCAGAUUGACUUUGGGCCGACCAAUCGGUUCAAGACUCCGCAGUCGCGAACGGUCACCGUGACGAACGACUGCAAGCAGAAACUCACCGUGUUCUGGGGCGGACAGGAGCCCUCGGAGCCGAACGACACCAGCUUGGACGCGGAGGCGAAGCGCGCGGCUGCCGCGGAGCGUAACCCGUUUUUCGUCUUCCCGGAGCAGUGCGACCUGCGGCCGGGGCAGUCUGCGGAGUUUCGAAUAACCUUCCGACCGACCAAGGACAAGCAGCACUACGCCAGACAGCUCGAGUGCUUCGCGUACGUCAAGGCGAUGCGAUCGUUCAGGCAGGUGACCGAGACGAACUUCACCCCGCCGUGGACCAGCACGGUCUGGGCGUUUGGUCACACGCACGGCCACCAGGGGGCGCAGCUGGGUUUCCAGCCCAAGUGCUCGUUCAGCGCGCGCGGGUCCCGGCUGUAUUUUCCUCCCACCGUCAAGGGCGAUUUCGCGUUCCAGACGAUCGCGCUCAGGAACGACGGCGACACCACCGUGGGCUUCGAAUUUCCCGCCAAGAGCGGACCGCCGGGUUUGGAGAUUGACGAGGAGACCGGGCACUCGUCGCCGUUUUCGUGCCACCCGUCCAAGGGGUCCGUCCCGCCCAAGUCGUUCACGCUCGUGACGUUCCGGUUCGACGCCACGGACACCGAGCCGCACAGGGAGCAGAUGCACUGCGUCCUGAACGGCCUGCCCGAGCGGGCGCUCACGUUGGACGUGAGGGCGCGGGGGCACACGCCGCGGGUCACCGUCGGCGACUCCAACUCCUUCGUCUUUACCCCAACCUGCGUGGGCGCCUCGGCGACGCGCGAGAUUGAGAUGCGCAACGCGAGCCGCAUCAACGUGCUGUACGAGUGGGCGAUACCGGAGAGGCUCGCGAACGUCCUGGACGUGUCACCGCACGCGGGGUUGAUUCGCGGCGACCAGACGAUCAAGUCGACGUGGACCUUUCGCCCGAACAAAUCCCGAAAGUUUGGCUUUACGAUUCCGCUCGUGCUGCGCGUGCCCGACUCGGAAGUGUCCGACCCGGGAGCGACCGGCCGGCGAGAGGCUUUCGCGGGGGCGUCCACGGUGGAGGAACGCGUCGACGUCUGCAUCCACGCCGAGGGAACCUCCGGGAGCGUCGCCGUGCGCCCGGAGAAUAUCGAUUUCGGCCAAUCCGUGGUUGAGCAACCCGUGGAGCGGACUCUGGAGCUCCUCAACCGCUCCGGCGGCAUCGUGCGGUACCGUCUGGAGACGGUCUUCGACGAGGGGUGCACGGAAUUCGACGCGGACGUCAAGUUUGACGAAUCCGUCGGCCAGAUUCCCGCCAAGUCCUCGAAGCAGGUGCGAAUCACCUACGUGGGCAGGUGUCGCGGCGACGUCGGCUUUCGAAUCGUGUGCCGCGUGGUGGACCCCUCGCGACCAUCGCGUGCACGGACGACGGACGAAGAGUCCGAAGAGGACGCCCCGCCGAGUGCCCACGCGAUCGCCACCGCGGACUACCCGACGCUCUGCGUCACGGACGCCGCGUGCCCGGGCGUCGCCAAGCCGGUGCUGUGGAAGCGCCUCUCGAUCAACUCUCUCAACGCCGAGCUCGCGAAGCCGCCCACCGCCACGGAGGCGCGGCUGCAGGCGAACGGCGGAUACGACGGGUCCCUCGCGUCCGCCAGGUCCCUGCAGGGCCUCACGUCGGUGGCCUUAGGCCUCGGCGUCGGCUUGGAGGGCGGCGAGCCCACCGCGGUGUACCUGGAGAUUUGCAACACGGGCGCGCUCGCGGCGGAGUGGCGAUUGAUGACGAGGGACGAGAGCGAGGUGGAUAUGGAAAACUGGGUGGAGAUUGGCGAGCCCGACGACGAGGUCACCGCGCAUCAGCGCUUCGUCGUCGAGAACGGCAUCGUGGAGAUCACGCCGAGGCUCGGCACGCUCCAGCCCGGCGAGCGGCAACCGCUCAGGGUGCUCUACAAGCACUCGCACGCGGGCCAGCACUGGCUCACCGCGCUGCUGCACGUCAAGGACGGCCGCGACGUGAGGCUGGAGCUGGGCGGGCGGACGAUCGGGUCCAAGCUUCGGUGCCUGGACAUAUCCCCGGCGAACCCGAGCAUGGCGUCGCACACGUUCGCGCCGGUCCGCAUCGGCGACGUCGAGCCCCCGAAGCAGGCCAUCGAGCUCCGGAACCCCACCGGAGAGACGGUGGAGUGGAGCGUGGACCUCGACCCGUGUCGAGCGCUGCGAGACGCCAACUGGGGAUUCGACAUCCUAACCUGCCACAACCCCACCGGUACCAUACCCCCGCACGGAACCGCGCUGCUCAACUGGACGUUCCAGCCGUGCGAGGAGCGAACGUACGAGUGCGCGGUUCCCCUCGAGAUUGUCAAGCGGUUUCCGUGGGAGACGGCGGAGACUUGUGUUUUAACGCUCCGCGGAGCCGGGACGCUCCCGACGGACCGCGGCGGCAAACCCGUCGACGAAACGCUCGCGGGCGACUGCGACCGGGGCUGCUGGAUCGGCUACCGAACCGUCCCGAGCCUGCCGCCCGCGCAGGAGGUGGCACUGUCCUCGGGCUCGUGCGUGUUUGGCGCCGUGCCGACGCUAUCCGUCGUUCGAAGGAUCGUGACGCUUCGCUCGACGACGGACGAUCGCGAGUACGAGUUCGAGUGGGACCUCGGGGCGUUCGGACAAGAUGCGGGGGGUCUCGAGCCCGGCAGCUCCAUCGCGAUCGAGCCCGUGAAGGGGACGGUGGAACGCGGCGAGGAGGUGUUUGUGAAGAUCACCUACCGCGCGGGACCGAAGCCGCAGGUGUUCGACGGGGAGAUUCGGUGCGUGCUGACGCCGCCGGCGCGGACCAAGGAGGAGAUCGAGGAGGAGGAGAGGUACCUGGAGCAGAAGGCGAACGAGCCCGAGUACAUCGCCAUCGACGGCCCGCCGGAGCCGUCCAUGCCGACGAGGAAGGAGCUCGCGGGUGAGUCGGAGGUUUGGGGCGCCAUCGCGUCGAAGGACGCCACCCUUCGCAAGAGCGUGGUGCACAACCACACCACCUCCUCGGCGGCUAAGUUUCCCCACCUGGAGAAGCUCCACGACGCCGCGCACGAGCGGACGCUGCCCAAACCCCGCCCGCCACCCGCACCCAUCACGCUGCACCUCACGUUGGAGGGCAGGUCCGUCCCGCAGGUUGCGUUUCGCGAGGAGCGGGGAGCCGACGCCUUCGACAGGUUCUUCGUCCCGGAUUGGCGCCCCGACGUUAACCUCGAUUUCGUCCCGGCGAACCUCGACGCGGAAGACAUGGAGACGAUCUUCCAAGACAUGCUGCACGAGAUGCUCUCGGACCCGGCGGUGCGAAGGGGGAUGGAGGACCUCGCGGACGAGGUCGUGCCCAUGUACCUCGCGCAGAGGGGCGGCGGGGCGCCGCGGGAUUUCCUCCCAAUCGUUCCCGAGGGCGACGACGUCGGCGGGGACUUUGCGGGGUACGACGACGGCGUCAGGGUGGUGGAUCCCGAACCAGAGGGUGCCGUGGGGGGUGCCGUGGGGGGUGCCGCGGGAUCCACGCGCGGGUCCGCCCCCCCCUCCCGCGGGUCUCCCUCGAAAGCCCCGUCCUCGCUCGGCGACGCCGGGGACGUCGCCGCCGACGCCGCGCACAGCUGUGCAACCCCGGACGCGCCCGCGGGUGACGACGACGAGUACGCCUUCCUCGACCCCCUCGAGGUGGCCAAGGCGCAGGCCAACCCCGAGUUCAGAACCCUCGCGGAGUGGGCGAUGGAGGCGACGCUGUUCAACCUCGUCAAGGAGCUCCGGGCGGAGGCGUAUUCGACUGGGCGGUGGCGCGCGGCGGACCCGGACGACGUGGGCGUGGGCGUCGUGGGUGGGGUGGGAACGGGCGCGGGGUGGGCGUCGGACGUGGACGAUUGA